UUAAAUUGGCGGAAUAUGUAGAUAGAUAGGAGACUGAUGAAACCCGGGUAGAUUCCAACUCAUAGCAUAUCUACGUGGCCGUUAUCACACCCUACCUAUUUUCUAUACUUACCUAGGUACCUAAUCUAAUCAUGAGUGUUCAGGAUCUUGCUCGAUCGCUUGCUGCCGUCGGCUCAGUAAAGCCCCCGGGUGACGGAGACGAUGGCAUUUACCUCCUAACGGUGAGAGACGGCGACCUUGUCGAGAAGCACUGGGUUGGCGAUAACCUCCAGAGCGAGAAUGUAAUUGCCUCCGACGUGAGGGACGACACCUCGGCAUCAUAUUUGCUUGGUGUUGAGCCAGGGCUUCGUCUUGUUGUGUUUAUCGACCAGGACAAUGCCAUUCAAUGCUAUUCAUACAACGAAGACAUCGAAGAGUGGGAAGAGACACCACUCGGCAGCAAAUGGAACAUCACCACGAGCUCGGAGAGCAAGCUCAGUGCGAUCCUCGGCCCCGAAGGCGACAUCGUGGUCUCAUACCAAGACCAAACCGGACGCCUUGCCGGUAUCAUGAGCGCGAGUAGCAAAACAUGGAACGCCUUUGGCCCCCUUGAGGGCGACCCCGUACCCGGGACACCACAGUGUCUUGAGGUCAUUGACGACAAGUUGCACCUUUUCUAUGUCGAGAUAGACAGCGGGGUCAGCUAUCUGGUCCACGACCCCAAGACAGGCAACUGGACAGCCGAUGUGAUCGAGAACACCAAGUUCGAUACCGCUAUCGAGAAAUUUGUCGUGGCCAAAGACUCCGAGACGGGCUCUUUUCAGAGUUACUUCCUCACCGGUGGCUCCUUGUGGUGCGUCGACGGGGUCAAGGAGAAGAUAUGCUUGGGCAAGGUUGAUAGCGAUGGGAAGUUGAUACCUUCGGACAGGGCCCAGGCAGGGUGGAAGGUCAAAUGGAAAGGGGCUAGAAAGGUGGUGGUGAAGAAGAGAAAGAUCGUAAUCUAUUACUGAUCUAUAACAUGGUGGAGGGACUGUGUGUAUUCAUUCGUAAGAGCAUUUGACUUUUACGAGACUGAUUCCAUUAGGUACCUACCUAGGUUACAUAGGUCUCUAGCCCCACAUCAUCGGAAAGGGGGUUGAGCUUUUAGAGGUUGAGAGUUAAAGAAGAUUGGUACCUACCUAGUGGCUUCCAAUGAAUGAAAUCUUGA